AUGGCUCCCGCAUCCUCAAACCCUGGACCGUACUCACUUCCGGACAAAGACGAGGUGCAAUUGUCCGCCGAAGACGACUGGACCAGAGUCAAGGAUAGGAAAGAGAAGAAGCGAAUACAGAACCGUGUGGCUCAACGGUCAUAUCGGAGUCGCAUGAAAGCGCGACUUGGGGAGCUCCAGUCACGGCUGCAGGCUCACGAGGAGCAAAAGGCCAAAGAAGAAGCGGAACGUUGUGAUCCAUCACCACCGUCUCCUCCAUCAUCAUCUGCGACAGGCCUGCACCUUCACACGACGCCCCCGUCAGGGAACAAUGCUGGCGCAAACGACACUGAGCCGAGCUCCAUCAACUCCGCGUCGCCACCAACACCGCCUGAUGUUGUCGGCGACCUGGAUCCCAGCCAACACGCUAAAGCUAUAGACCAAUUCUCGCACCAAAUGGACAUGGCUGGAAAUGACGACAGUCAGUGGUUUCUAGACUCGACCUCGCUCUUGCAGCACGGGGACACAUCGUCUUACAUUCAGCCAUCCGUCCCAACGCCUCCAGUGUCUCUUAGCCAGUGCCCGCCAAUGCCCGCGUACAUGCCCGAAGGACCUAGGAAUCCCAAUGAUGGGCCGGCAAGCUUAUCACAGUCAAUCCUCCAAGAUUGCCUCCGCUUCCAGAUCCAGCUGUUGGCCAAGAUUAACAACCCGUCUGAAGCAACGUCGACGACACACAAAGAGGAGGGUUCGGCUGCUAAAUCGCCGGGAGCACUUCAACAGUCACACUGGUCUUCGUGUGCAACAAACCCCGCCGCGGCGGCACAAAACAUGAUGCCUAGCACGAACAUGGCGAGAGGCAAUUCCUUCAGCGUGUCGCCAGCGGACUUCCAUAACCUGGAUGAUAUGAUGGAGUUGACAUCCACCGGCGAUCUCCCCAAUGCAACGUGGAGGCCAAGCCAGCAAUUCUCCGGCCCAGAGACUACUCCACGGUCGCACAACGCCGAAAACCCAACACAACAACAAUCGCCGAUCAACGACGACACGCCGUCAACCACUCAGCAUGGCGCGGUGCCUGAUUGCUACAACGCCUUUGUCGCAAAGUCCUCCGCACAAGCAUCAAGUCUGGGCAUGGAGGAGCGCCUUGAGGCAGCGAUUGAAGGGUUGGAGGCCCUCGGAUUCACCAGCGUCGACUCUUUUGCCGAAGCGUACUACAGCUCCAGUUUUGACGAGUCAUCGCACUUGGCUGCAGAGCAGUCCAUGAGCAGAAAACGCCGAUUGCCGAGGAUGCUUUCACAAAUACUGGACUCAGCUCAGUCAUGGGAUCCAUGGGACCGUAGAGGCCUCAAUGAAGAGGUCCUCAGGACAGCAGAAUCACUUCUGGUGGCCGAGGGAAAGAGCAUGGAUGAAAAGUCUCUAGAAGCAAGUAUUAGCGGCUUGAUGCAAGCUACAGAAGGUUCGAGCAAGCCGACACCGCCGCAGCAAAAUGUCACAGGGAUGAAAAAGGUCCUGCAAAAUGAGCUGCCCAACCUGUGGCCGGUGAUGAUGGCUCUCGCUGGUGGAAACCGUGCUUCCAGGCAGCGCGACCGAUCUAACAUGGUCCUCGCCGCCAUCCUAAUCCUGCACUGCUCGAGCAAAAUGACGAAGCAAAAGCUACUAGAAUUUUUGGAUGUCUGUUUGUAA